AUGGCAGAACCAGUGGAGCCAAGCCCCGAGGAAGUCGCUGAGCCCGAGCUUCACCAUGCAAACUUUGAACCUUGGUGCAAGGUUUGUGUUGAAGGGCAAGGACGUGAGAAAGCACAUCGCCGACAACGUGAGGAUCCGAAGGAGCACAUCAUUUACAGCGACUACAUGACAGCCAAUGCCCCCUUUGCAGCGCAGGUGCCUUCGAAAGGCACAAAGAGGAACAUGUACGCGGUCAAUGCAAUGGUGGACUGGAUAAAGGACUUGGGUUGGAAGAAAGUGACAAUUCAGAUCGACCAGGAAAGUGCACUGGCGAAGGUGUUCGAGCAGGUGCAGCAAAGGAUGGGUAUGGACGUGGUGGCAUUGAGAAGGAGCCCGAGGUACUCUUCACAGAGUUUGGCAGACGGUGAGGUGGUCAAUGGACUCAUUGCUGGCAAAGUAAGGACUUGGGUGGCCAAUCUCCGGGAUAACUACAGCGAGCAAGUGAUACAAACCACGGACAUCCUGUUUCCUUGGAUUGUGAGAUUUGUGAGUUGGUCGUUGCCGAGGUUCCACGUGAACCAGUCCCGAACAACACCAUUCCGAGUGCUCAAGGGUUAUGACUACAUCUCGGAAUGCCUUCCUUUUGGUGAAUGUGCGCUUGGAAAAUAUUCAGCGAAGAAGUCUGGGGUCAAGAGUGCUUCCAGAUGGAUGUAUGGGAUCUACGUCGGAAAGACCGCUAGCUCCGAUGAACACAUCCUGUUGACGAGUGCAGGAGCUCAGACGUUUAGAACCAUCAAGAGGAUGACCCGCGGAAGGCGUUACCAAACGAGUAUCUUGGACAAGGCAGCGGGAGUUCCUUGGAACACGGUGUACAAGGCCGACCAGCGCAAGCCAGAGGAGAUCAGGAGCAAAGUGACAGCGCAGAUAGCGCCAGAGAUGAGUGACCCGGAGUAUGAGCCGACUGACAUCGAGCCAGCUGCAGACGAGCCUAAGACCAUGAUAGUAGUGCCGCCGGUGCCUGCUCCAAGCGUGCACCGGACGCAAAAGGAAGCCGAGGAUGCAGGAGGCGUGGCGCGACAAAUUGACGCAGACAUGACCAACGCGGACGAGGCGAAAAGGAGAGGUGAAGACAGCAAUUCAUCGAGCUCUAGUUCGCCCACCUCGCGGUCAAGGUCGAGACACUCAGGAAAUGAGGAGAACACAGAGAAGCCAGAGUUAGGAGGUGAUGUAGGAUCUCCUAGCAAGGAAGUGGGCGACACCCAGGGUUUAAGCACACCUGUGGGUGCUACCACAAUAGAAGACACAAUGAGCGCAAUCUUGGAAGAAACCGAAGAGAGAGAUCAAAUAUCUUCGGUGGCGGACUACUUGGACGCGUGCGUGGUGGAUGAAGAGGCUAGGCACAAAGCCCGACUCGAGGAGAUCGAGAAGCUGGAUGAGAUGUUCAAGGCUUUCACGCCCCGCGAUCGUAGGGCGUUGCCGAAAGAAAUAAAAGUAUUUGGACAUUGUUGGGUGGACAAGGUGAGCAGUGGCAUAGCCAAGUCACGACUCACCUGCCAAGACUUCAAGCGAAACAAUGGUGCAGACAAGAACUCAUCAGAAGGACAAAACAACUUUUGCCCAACUCCAGGACACAGCACAACCAAGAUGCUGGAGGUAUACAGCCUCUACCACAACUUUCCGAGAGUGAAGGCGGACCUCACGUCAGCCUUUCUCAUCGCCCGAGAUGGAGGCGACGAAAAGGGACAACCGGUGUAUAUGAAGCCGCCAAGAGAGUGGCUGGACAACCUGGAGGUGUGGCUAUCCAGACAGCCAGCAGACAAGCGAGAUGAAAUCGGAAACAUUCCAAAGGAACACUUGGUGUGGCAAGUGGAUGGCAACAUCUAUGGGAGGCAACCAGCCGCCAGCCAGUACAGAGACAGGCUGGAUGAAAUACUUGUAAGCAAGUUGCCCAAGGAUCGGUAUGACUUCGUCCGAGGCCGGUUGGAUGGAUGUGUGUUUAGGUGCACGAAGACAAAGAUUGCGGUGAUACACCACAUUGACGACUUUGACGUCACCGGUCCAGAAAAUGACUUGGAUGAUCUUCUGAAGCACACCGACAACAUCCUCAAACUGUUGAACCUCGAGAAUGCAAAGAGCAGCCCAGUGCCCGGGAGAAAAUUGGAUCUGGACAACAACAGCGAGCAAUUGUUGGACGAGAAAGAGAAGAAGAUUUUCCAAUCGUGUGUAGGUAGUGCGAUCUACUUGUCCCAGGACAGGAUCGACGUGAAGUUCGCUGUGAAAGAGUUAGCGCGUCGAAUGAAAGAUCCGCGGAAGGCAGACAUGGCGAACCUAAAAGUGCUGGGGCGAUAUCUCAAGGGGAUACGAGAUCUGGGACACCUGACAAAGGUGGAGGAUCUCGAAAGCUCAGCCGCAGGAGAGCGGGAGCUACCGCUGCACGCUUACUGUGACAGCGACUAUGCGGGAGACACAGAGUCAAGGAAAUCUACCUCAGGCGAGGUUCUUGUACUUGGUGGGACAGUGGUUGAAGCAAACUCGACUACUCAGUCGGGGAACCCAGCGACAAGCUCAAGCGAGGCAGAGUUGAGAUCGUUGAAUCACUGCGCCCAGUCAAGUGUGUACAUUCAGAACUUAGCUAGGUACGAUUUUGGCCUUCCGGUCUCCACGCCUCGCAUUUGGUGCGACUCAUCAGCAGCCUUGCAAGCAGCCAAACGAAUAGGUGUGGGAAAGAUGAGAUACAUUUCUUUGGCACAUCUGUACAUCCAAGAAUUGGUGAAAACAAAACAGGUCAUCAUAAGAAAAGUGAAAGGCGUUGCGAAUCCUGCUGAUUGUUUGACCAAACAUUUGAAGACAGGCGAAGAAGUCAGACAAGCCUGUGAACUCACAGGGAUGGUCCAACUCAGCAAAGCUGGCAUGGACGAGCAG